GAGGAGGUGGUACUGUAUGUAUUGGGUUACGUGUGCAAUAAAGGCCUUCCACCUAUCAUGAACAACUCUCAACUGCCUCGACAUAUCCCGAAUGCUCAUCAGGCAGUCACGCUCACCGGACUUGGCUUGAAACCUUUUGACGAUUAUCUGCGAGGAGCGUUAUCGAUACACCAGCUAUGUUCAGAAAACCAAUCAGGUCUCACGCUACAACCAUGGCAGUCAGAAAACUGGAACGACAGUGCUUCUAUGCAAUUCUUCAACUGA